CGGCGCCGGAGUAAUAUGCUCACUCGGGUGAAAUCUGCCGUGGCCAAUUUCAUGGGCGGCAUCAUGGCUGGCAGCUCCGGCUCCGAGCACGGCGGUAGCGGCUACGGAGGCUCGGACCUGCCCCUGCGCUUCCCCUACGGCCGGCCGGAGUUCCUCGGGCUGUCUCAGGAUGAGGUGGAGUGCAGCGCGGACCACAUCGCCCGGCCCAUCCUCAUCCUCAAGGAGACCCGGAGGCUGCCCUGGGCCACCGGCUACGCAGAGGUUAUCAAUGCCGGGAAGAGCACACACAAUGAGGACCAAGCCAGCUGUGAGGUGUUCACGGUGAAGAAGAAAGCCGGGGCCGUGACUUCCACCCCAAACAGGAACUCGAAGCGAAGGUCGUCCCUUCCCAACGGGGAAGGAUUGCAGUUGAAGGAGAACUCUGAGUCCGAGGGCAUCUCCUGCCACUACUGGUCCCUGUUCGAUGGCCAUGCGGGCUCGGGGGCCGCCGUGGUGGCGUCGCGGCUGCUGCAGCACCAUAUCACACAGCAGCUGCAGGACAUCGUGGAGAUCCUGAAGAACUCCGCCAUCCUUCCCCCGACCUGCCUCGGGGAGGAGCCCGAGAGCACGCCGGCCCAUGGCAGGACCCUAACCCGUGCAGCGUCCCUCCGUGGAGGUGUGGGGGCCCCCGGGUCCCCCAGCACACCACCCACACGCUUCUUCACCGAAAAGAAGAUCCCGCAUGAGUGUUUGGUCAUUGGGGCUCUGGAGAGCGCCUUCAAGGAAAUGGACCUUCAGAUAGAACGGGAGAGGAGUGCCUAUAAUAUAUCCGGCGGGUGCACAGCGCUCAUCGUCGUCUGCCUCCUGGGGAAGCUGUAUGUGGCCAACGCUGGGGACAGCAGGGCCAUAAUCGUCAGAAAUGGAGAAAUCAUCCCCAUGUCUUCGGAAUUCACCCCCGAGACCGAGCGCCAGCGGCUUCAGUACCUGGCGUUCAUGCAGCCUCACUUGCUGGGAAAUGAGUUCACGCAUUUGGAGUUUCCAAGGAGAGUGCAGAGGAAAGAACUGGGAAAGAAGAUGCUCUACAGAGACUUUAAUAUGACAGGCUGGGCAUACAAAACCAUUGAGGAUGAAGACUUGAAGUUUCCCCUUAUAUAUGGAGAAGGCAAGAAGGCCCGGGUAAUGGCGACUAUUGGAGUGACCAGGGGACUUGGGGACCAUGACCUGAAGGUUCAUGACUCCAACAUCUACAUAAAACCAUUCCUGUCUUCAGCUCCAGAGGUCAGAGUCUACGAUCUCUCCCAGUAUGAGCAUGGAGCAGAUGACGUGCUGAUCUUGGCUACCGAUGGACUCUGGGAUGUUUUAUCAAACGAAGAAGUAGCAGAAGCAAUCACUCAGUUUCUUCCUAACUGUGAUCCAGAUGACCCUCACAGGUACACGCUGGCAGCUCAGGACUUGGUGAUGCGUGCCCGGGGCGUCCUGAAGGACCGAGGAUGGCGGAUAUCAGAUGACCGCCUGGGCUCAGGAGACGACAUUUCUGUCUACGUCAUUCCUUUAAUACAUGGGAACAAACUGUCGUGAGAGUGACCCGGGGGACUGGGAGGACAGAAAGAGAGAGAGAAAGCUGGGUUGCCUCUGAGCAGGGCGGAACUGGGGAGUGCCUGGGCUGGAUUCCAGGUGAUGCAAUUCCUUCCCAGCCCAGAUGGGGGAAUUUGCCGCCAAAAGGCCUCUCUGGCUUUGCUUCAAGAUGACUCUUGAGUUUCCAUUUCUUCUUUAGUACCGGGGUCUGGACACUGAAUAAGAGCAAGACGCGCAGCCUGCUACUGGGUGUUACGUUUCCCUCGGUCUCCGUGGUGGGGCUCCUAGGUGGCUGUUUGCCUAUGUGGGGCACAGGCAUACACAUGUAUUUAUUUUAUCUAGAAGAGCAGGGACAGCCAUUUCAGGUGUGACCGGCCGAGGACUCCUCAGCCUGUCAAGCUGCGGGCUUCUCUCCAGGCCAAGAGCCACACUGAAAAGUGAGGGACCGUGCCUCAGAAAGUGUGAGCACCCAUCUUGUCGAAAGCUCCGGCUGUUUCAGGGAUUCUGCCUUGCUCUGUCUCAUCCCUUCCCCCACUUCCUGCCUCCCUCUAGAUUCUUUUGUGGUAAUGGGGUGAGGCAGGGAUUUUUUUUUUUUUUUUCCUUUUUGACAUUCCUUGAAUCUUUCUCAUUUCUCGUCACUGGGACUUUCCAAUUUGUUGCUGGACAGUUUCCAUAUCAGAGACCAGCCUGAUCUGGCUUGUCCCACGUUCUGUGUCACACACACACACACACACACACACACACACACACACACACACACACGUGUAGUGGUCCGGAGCAAUGCCCCGUGUGGGAGUUUGUCUUUGUUGUAUGACAUUUUUACCCCUGAGUUCUGUUUUCCUCACCAAGUCAGUGUGUACUUCAAAAUGUGGGUGUCUCCUCGGACCCACAGCCCCCCUGUCAUCUGCCAGGCUCGAGAGAUUUUGCUGUGAGAGGUUGGUUUUUCACUUCUGGCCUGGGCGGGUGCUCUCCCACCUCUUGUGUCCUGGAGACGCAUAGAAGAAGCAGCAUCUAAUACAGUAGCUGAGGAAGUCCUUCUGUCCGUCAGUCAGCCAUACUUCGUUAGGGGAGAGUGUGGGAUUCAGGCUUCCUCGGUCCCUGACUCUUCUCCACUCCACGGGAAGUGUGAGUGUCACAGGUCUGCUAGGCUGUCGCUCCUCUCUUCCUGCCAUCUUCGUGCAAGGGUAGAUGGACUGACAGCUGAGUAUAAAAGUGAAUUUGAACUGGGGCUGGUCAUUCCCCUGCUGCCCACCCUCUUCCUCAAGGGAAUCGCGAUGUGGAAUCCCAAGAGCUGAGGUCCCCUUUCCCCACUGUGCAUCUGCCUCCCCCUCUGGGCAUGCCUCACAGGCAUAGCAGAAGCACACGUGUGGGUGUCCUGUCUG